AAAGUUGCCGGCCUGUAGACAUAAUCUUUCUGCUUAUCGUACACCCUAGUAUGUACACUACGUGUAGUGUUAUGUGCUGCAAGCUAUUUGCAGGCCAGAAGUUUACCAAUGUUAAGCGCAAUAUAGUUUAGUUUUAUAUAGUUUAGUUUUAUAGUCAUAAGUCUGUUGUAAGUAUGUUUGCAAGUAUGUUUGCAAGUGUUGCAAGGAGUGAAUUCAUUGCAUUUCAACGGGAGAAACUAUGCCCAUUUUGGUAAACAUAAGCAUUUGAUGUUAUGUAGUGGCAUAGUCUGCUAGGUAAGAAUAAACAGUGCUGGAAAUAUUUUUCAUCUAUUUUAGUUGUGGAUGAUUGGAAUGUUUUUUGUGGAAAGGGAGUGUGCAUUUUCAGGUUUUGAUUUUUAAGAAUAAACUAAGAAAAACAGCAAACAUAAAAAACAUAAUACACGUUUUCAGCAAUUGUCUGAAAUGUUCAUCCCAUCCCAUCCCUUUUGAUGACAUCUUGUGAUUUUGCGCUUGAAUGUUUUACUCGUGCAAUUGCAGUAUCAGGGACAGUGCUCUGUGUGCACCUAGCUGUUUCCUGACAGAUGCACAUGAAACCACAGUACAAGAGCUGGUUGCUGAGGCGGUAACAUCACUAUAUGAGUUCCACCAUAUAGCCUAUUGAAGACGGCCUGUUUUGCCUUAAUAAGGGUUCAGUGCUCCAAGAUCCUAGCGUAAGAUGAACUGGGUGUGGUUCAUUGCAGCUGUUCUGAUAUUCUAUGGUGACCAGAUGGGUGUGCAGGGAAGGUGCAAGUCUCAGUCAACAUGCUCUGCUUGCGUGAGAACCGAAGGGUGUGCUUGGUGUAAGAUGAGGGACUUCCUGUUUCCUAGUGAGCCUACUAAACAUCGGUGCGACACGAAGGACAAUCUGAGGAUGAGGAACUGCUCGGAGGUUAUCGACCCCAAGCCCAGUGCACACGCCGACAGGGACGAACCCGUCGGUAGUAACCGAGGAAGAGUGGUCCAGCUCCAGCCUCAGAAGCUCCACAUCAAACUUAGAGUUGGAGUCCCCCACACCUUUGACGUCAUGUUUAAGAGAGCGGAGGGCUACCCCAUUGACCUGUAUUACCUCAUGGAUUUCUCCUUCUCAAUGAGGGAUGAUUUGGAGAACGUUCGCAAAUUAGGCCACCAGAUCGUCUCAGCUCUGAAAGACGUCUCCAGUUCCGUCCGGAUUGGUUUUGGCUGUUUUGUGGAAAAGGCCAUGGGUCCUUUCAUCAGCACAUUCGAGGAAACAAAAAAAUGUCCCUGCAAAAAGUCAUUUGAGGAGCCAUGUCAGCCUUCUUUCAGCUUCAAGCACGUUCUAAACCUCACAGAGGAUGUUGCCGAAUUUAAGACGCGGGCUGAAAAAGAGUCAAUCUCCUGCAACUUCGACCCCCCGGAGGCAGGCUUUGAUGCAAUAAUGCAGGUGGCCGUCUGUCAGGAUGAAAUUGGUUGGGGCGACGUGACACGGAUUUUAGUCUAUGCUUCUGACAACACCUUUCAUCUGGCUGGGGACGGAAAACUAGCUGGGAUUUACUACCCACAUGAUGGGAAGUGUCAUCUUAACAGCGAGGGACUCUAUGACAUGGAGACACACUUUGACUAUCCCUCUGUCGCUCAUGUUGCUGAGGCUCUCAGUACCAACCACAUCAUGCUCAUUUUUGCAGUGACUAAAGACCACGACGAGCAGUAUAUGGCUGUGAGUGAGCUCAUCCCACAGUCUGUAGUAGGUGUGCUGGAGAAAGACUCUAGUAAUGUGGUUCAGCUCAUCUCAAAAGCCUAUGAUGAUCUAUUAUCCACAAUAUUGCUGGAGCACCAUAGAGUUCCACCAGGCAUAGAUAUCUCCUAUGUCUCUCAAUGCAGUGAUGGCACUCACUCCCCAAGGCAGAGGAGAGGGGCAUGCAAUCAUACUAUGAUCAAUGAGCAGGUAAAUUUCACAGUGACCUUACAUAGCUCAGCUUGCCUGCAUCAGCCGACAUCAUUCAUCCUCAAAGUGCAGGGCCUAAAUGAGGAGCUGCAGGUAACCGUAGAGACGCUCUGUAACUGUGACUGCAAUGACACGGAGCGUUUUUCACCCGAAUGUAGUGGCAAAGGAACUCUCACCUGUGGGAUCUGCAAUUGUGACGAAGGGCGUAUGGGCCAGAGUUGUGAGUGUGGCACCCAGGAGCACAAAGACAGCAUGUUUGCGUUGGACAAGAUGUGCAUCAGCCCUAACAGCUCCCAGCCGUGCAGUGGACACGGAAGCUGCCUGUGUGGCCAGUGUAUAUGCAACGGGCACCUGAGAGGGCGGUACUGCCAGUGCGAUCACACCAGCUGCAAUCGCCACAACAAUCUCAUCUGCGCGGGAAAUGGAAAGUGUAACUGUGGCACAUGUGAGUGUAACACUAACUACUCUGGUCCUGCCUGCGAAUGCUCAACACUGACUGACCAGUGUCACACAGGAGGAGGUGGUCUGUGUAGCCACAAUGGCCACUGCAAAUGUAACAAAUGCCACUGUCACCCAGAUUUCUUUGGGAGACACUGUUCAGAGAUUAGAGCCCCGUGUAUCAAGUUCAAGCCUUGUGUGCUAUGUGCAGUAGCAAAUGAAGAAGACUGUAAACAUACUUGUGGAGAUAUAAAGCUUACCAAAGUGAAUGAAUCUGCGACACUUGUCUGCUUUGAGGACACUGUUUAUUAUAAUGUGGAGAUGGACAAGGCUGAUGGAAGUAUCCGUAUGCUCUAUGUUCCAAAGUCCAGUAAAAUGUAUGUGGUUUACCUCCUCAUCAGCACUGCAAGCGGUGGGGUGGUUGUCAUUGGCUUGGUUGGCAUCAUAAUCUGCAAAAUUCUCCUUGAAAUCAGUUAAUUUUUCUUCAUGUUUGUGGACCCGGUUCUACUCAUGCACAUGCAAGAAAUCACUUAAGAAUUCAGAAUAUUUGGUUGCACAUAUAAAAUCACAUAACACAAAUUAUACCAUAAAUCACUGAUAAAUGUAGCAAACCUUUUAACACUGAACUGCCACUGUGUCCAUGUAAUUGUUUUUUAUACUAUAAGUCCUGAGGGAUAUCAAAUUCUCUUCUGGCCUACGACUGGACAUAAGUCCUGGGUCUCAUGCUUUAAUUUAGAAUGCCCCUCUCUCAAGGAGUAUUCUUCAGAGACCCUUAUCUAUCUGGCAUUCAGUUUUCAACCUCAC